AUGUCGCAAGGCAAGAAGCACGUGUUGGGGUUUUCGCCCAAUGGUGGUCAACUGUUUGCUUCUGUUGACGAGCUGGGAAUACUGCGAGUAUGGAACACAGAAACGAACACGCUGAAACAGGAGUUCACCCCGAACCUGCAGCUAUCUGGCCCCUGCACAGCGCUCACGUGGGUUUUGGUGGCAGCGCAGCGGCCCAAGAGGGCUCGCAAGAGUCUGCCAACCCAAGAGGAGCCCAGCGACCAACUCUACAUUGCUUUGGGCACGCUGAAAGGCGGCGUUGUUAUAUAUUCAUUGGCCGAGGGAAAGAUUGAACGUACUCUGAGUGGCGACAGUCACGAUGGUCCAGUCACCUCGAUAGCUUACGACAAUGCUGGGCUUUUGUAUACCGUGGGAGCCGAUUGCCGGGCACUUGUCUGGUCUUUGGAAAAAGAACGCUGCAUCAGUGACUGGCAGGUUGGGCCCGAAAAGCCGCGAAAUAUUGUAUAUCUCCCAAAGAGCCGGACCUUGGCAGUUGGCUCGCGCCAGUUGAAGGUCUAUGAUGUUGAUACUAAAGAGUUGGUGGAAACAUUUACCGGGCACUCUGGCGAGGUUAAUGCCAUCAGCAGCGUUAUGUGCACUGACAAUGAUGAAUUCGUUCUGACUACAGCUCGUAUGGAGAGAGUCAUUUGCUUCUGGAAGAUUGAGAAGAAGGGCAAAAACAAGGCCUCUUCCUGUACGCUGCUCAUGGAGGAUCUGGCGUACUGUUUGUCCAGCGAAGUUCACGACGACGGACAGCUGCGGGUGGCGAGUGUGACGCGCAACGGCAUCAUACACAUAUACCUGUUGAAUGUGAACAGUCUAUCAGCCGAAAAGUUCGUUAAGCCGAAAACCUCCCUGCAAAUCGUUUCGGAUGGCGCCGAUACGGUCGAGCCCAUUCAUGCUCUGGCGUCUCACUUUGUAACUGACAUAAAUCGUUCGCACGAGAUUCUUUUCGGUUACGGAAAUCGCAAACAAAUACAAUUCGAACGCAUUACCCCUAACUAUGCUGAGAAAUUGAAUGUUAUCGUUCGCGCCGACCCGAAGAAGCUGUAUGCUAAGAAAAAGGGCAAAGAGCAGGCCUUGCAGGCCGCCCACAAAACUCUCACUCCUGUAGUGAGUCAGAAGAUUGUGGAGUACAAUAGUGCUCUGCCGAUUUCCCAGAAGAAAGUACAAAACGACGUUCCAAUGGAGGCGCGCCUGCAGCACCUGCAAAUCAAGGCCACCAAACAGGGUGCUGGAAAGCUGCAAACACAAAGCAAGACACAGCUUCUGAUGCAGGCACUGCACAGCAAAGAUCAGGCCAUGAUUGACGCAGUCCUCAGUACCCAUGACACGGAGACGAUACAGUUGACUUUGGACCGCCUGCCGCUCGAAUAUGUCAACCCAUUGGUGAAUGAACUCUCAAUACUUAUACAAGGAAAGCAUGCCAAUGUUACAUCAGCCAUACGCUGGCUGCAAGUACUGGCCUGCACGCACACGAGUGCCUUGAUGUCUGAAGACAAACAGGCAUUGCGCGAAAAGUUGGGAAUUUGCCUUGGUGUUGCGGAGCAGCGCAUGCAUUGUCUUUCGGAGGCACUACAAAUAUCUGGACGCGUCAACCUGAUCAUCAGUCAAAUGAAGCGAAAUGCAGAUAACCAUUUGAACGAAAGCAAUGUUUUAAUUGUGGAAGAAGAAGAGGAAGGUGGGUAUUGUGAAAUUAUGCUUUACCAUAGUCCCACUAAUCAAUUUUUUUGUGCUUCAGAUGAGCCCGCCGAUACGCAGAGUGAUAGCGCAAAGGGUGAUAGCAACUGGAGCGAUCUGGAAGACCAGAACAUCAGCUUAAACAGUAUUGCAGACGAAGACCUGGCAGCAGACGAUGAUGUGGCGGCCGAUGAGGACGAUCUGGCAAUGACUCAAGGCUCGGACGAUGACGAUGAUGAUUUGAGCGAUUAAGCGACUGACUCCCAUGAAUCAGCGGAUUAGUUUGUUCCUCUAUACGUUAGGUUAGGUACCAUUGCAAUUUCUUUAUUGUCCUAUCCCCCGGCCAAUUAAACUAGUGCAGUUUUCCACACUGAA